CGGGGAGCGGCCGCGGCCAGACCCACCGGCAGCCGGGCGUGCGGGCGGACUCUUCCUGGUCAGCCUCCCCCGCCGCAGCCCGGGCGGGAACAGUGAGGGGCGACCGCGGGCAGCCCAGGCUCGGGAGGGCGGGCGAGGUUGUGAGCAGACUACAGGUUGUGCGGGGCGCUGCGUCGGGCCGGGGGCUGUGGUGACAGCGGCUGUCAGCCUGCCCGCGGGAGAGGAACCAAGUCGGUCUGGGCGCCGGGUCGUCUCUGCUGGCGCAUAAAGGGAUCGGGCGGCUGGGCGGCUUCGCCCCCCUGGGACGGAGCUGCUUUCCCGGGCGGUCGUCUGCCCGGGAUCCCCGAGGAUCCCCGGUCGGGUCCGUGUCCCGAGUCGUGACUCUUCCCGGGUGGCCAUUCAUAUUUACGGGCUUCCGCCUGCUGUCUCCCCAGCCGGCGGUGGCCUGCGGCCGGGCGGGAGGUGGCGGUAACCUGUGCCGCUUCCCUUGCCCUUCGCUGCCGCCCCCGGGAGAGCUAGUCGUGUCGUGUCGGAUAAUCCUUUCCCUCCUCCUGCCCCCUAAGGAGCUUUGAACCGGCCUCGUUAACCUUCCCUCCCACCUCCUCUCCUUCCCCCGCAAAGGGACGGCUUGAAGUUUCCGAAUCGGUUCCCUUUCAACGUAGUGACAAAUCCUGAAGCAGGAAGCUGAUAAACAACUCCGAACGAAAUACGCUCAAAAUCUUUCCUUUUGGGCUGCCUCUGAAGAAAGGAGAAUGGCGUUCAGCAAAGGAUUUCGGAUCUAUCACAAACUGGAUCCUCCACCUUUCAGUCUCAUCGUGGAAACCAGGCAUAAGGAAGAAUGUCUCAUGUUCGAGUCUGGGGCCGUAGCUGUGCUUUCAUCUGCAGAAAAAGAGGCAAUCAAGGGUACAUACUCCAAAGUGCUUGAUGCUUAUGGACUCUUAGGUGUUUUACGAUUAAAUCUUGGUGAUACUAUGUUACAUUAUCUGGUCCUAGUCACUGGAUGUAUGUCUGUUGGAAAAAUUCAAGAAUCGGAGGUUUUCCGAGUUACUUCCACCGAAUUUAUAUCACUACGAAUUGAUUCUUCAGAUGAGGAUCGCAUUUCAGAAGUGCGAAAAGUUUUGAAUUCGGGAAACUUUUAUUUUGCGUGGUCUGCAUCUGGAGUCAGUUUAGAUCUGAGUCUUAACGCACAUCGUAGCAUGCAAGAACACACGACCGAUAAUAGAUUUUUCUGGAAUCAGUCUUUGCACUUGCACCUCAAGCACUACGGCGUGAAUUGCGAUGACUGGCUAUUACGCCUCAUGUGUGGGGGAGUAGAAAUCAGAACAAUCUAUGCUGCUCAUAAGCAGGCCAAGGCUUGCCUCAUUUCCAGACUCAGCUGUGAACGAGCUGGGACCAGGUUCAAUGUCCGGGGAACAAAUGAUGACGGCCACGUUGCUAAUUUUGUAGAAACAGAACAGGUUGUGUACUUAGAUGACUCUGUUUCUUCUUUCAUCCAAAUCCGGGGGUCUGUUCCAUUGUUCUGGGAGCAACCAGGGUUGCAGGUGGGAUCUCAUCGUGUUCGUAUGUCAAGGGGAUUUGAAGCCAAUGCACCUGCUUUUGACAGGCAUUUUAGAACGCUUAAAAACUUAUAUGGUAAACAAAUAAUAGUGAAUUUGCUUGGAUCUAAGGAAGGUGAACAUAUGCUAAGUAAGGCUUUCCAGAGUCAUUUGAAAGCUUCUGAACAUGCUGCUGACAUCCAGAUGGUGAAUUUUGACUAUCAUCAAAUGGUCAAAGGAGGAAAGGCAGAAAAAUUACAUAGUGUUCUUAAACCUCAAGUCCAAAAGUUUGUAGAUUAUGGAUUUUUUUAUUUCAAUGGAAGUGAAGUUCAAAGAUGCCAGAGUGGCACAGUUCGAACAAACUGCUUGGAUUGUCUGGAUAGAACAAAUAGUGUGCAGGCAUUCCUUGGCUUAGAGAUGCUAGCUAAACAAUUGGAAGCUCUUGGCUUAGCCGAAAAGCCUCAGCUGGUGACUCGCUUUCUGGAAGUUUUCCGGUCAAUGUGGUCCGUGAAUGGUGAUUCGAUCAGUAAGAUAUACGCGGGCACUGGAGCCCUCGAAGGAAAGGCGAAGGCUGGAAAGUUAAAAGAUGGUGCUCGUUCUGUUACUAGAACGAUUCAGAAUAACUUCUUUGACAGCUCCAAGCAAGAGGCCAUAGAUGUUUUACUACUGGGAAAUACUCUAAAUAGUGACUUAGCUGACAAAGCUCGAGCACUUUUAACUACCGGAAGUUUGCGCGCAUCUUCCAAAGUACUAAAGAGCAUGUGUGAGAAUUUCUACAAGUAUUCAAAGCCCAAGAAAAUUCGGGUAUGUGUUGGAACCUGGAACGUGAAUGGUGGGAAGCAGUUUCGCAGCAUAGCUUUUAAGAAUCAGACGCUCACCGACUGGCUUCUUGACGCGCCCAAGUUAGCUGGCAUCCAGGAGUUUCAAGAUAAAAGAAGUAAGCCAACUGAUAUAUUCGCAAUUGGUUUUGAAGAAAUGGUAGAGUUGAAUGCUGGAAACAUUGUGAAUGCAAGCACAACAAACCAAAAGCUCUGGGCUGUGGAACUGCAGAAGACCAUCUCCAGAGACAACAAGUAUGUGCUGCUGGCUUCUGAGCAGUUGGUGGGCGUCUGCCUGUUUGUUUUUAUCAGACCCCAACACGCUCCCUUCAUCAGGGACGUUGCGGUCGACACCGUGAAGACCGGAAUGGGAGGCGCCACUGGAAACAAGGGGGCCGUUGCGAUACGGAUGCUGCUGCAUACAACCAGCCUCUGCUUCGUCUGUAGCCACUUUGCUGCGGGCCAGUCCCAAGUCAAAGAAAGAAACGAAGAUUUUGUAGAAAUAGCGCGAAAGUUGAGUUUUCCAAUGGGAAGGAUGCUGUUUUCCCACGACUACGUAUUUUGGUGUGGUGAUUUCAACUAUCGCAUUGAUCUCCCUAAUGAAGAAGUUAAAGAGCUCAUAAGACAGCAAAAUUGGGAUUCUCUUAUAGCAGGAGAUCAGCUUAUCAAUCAGAAAAAUGCUGGACAGAUUUUUAGAGGAUUUUUAGAAGGAAAAGUUACCUUUGCUCCAACAUACAAAUACGAUUUGUUUUCUGACGACUAUGACACCAGUGAAAAGUGCCGCACCCCUGCGUGGACAGACCGUGUCCUCUGGAGAAGAAGGAAAUGGCCUUUUGAUAGAUCAGCUGAAGAUUUAGAUCUUCUAAAUGCUAGUUUUCAAGAUGGAAGCAAAAUCCUCUACACGUGGACUCCUGGCACUUUGCUGCACUACGGAAGAGCCGAGCUAAAGACUUCUGACCACAGGCCUGUCGUUGCCCUGAUUGAUAUAGAUAUAUUUGAAGUUGAAGCCGAAGAGAGGCAAAACAUUUAUAAAGAGGUGAUUGCAGUUCAAGGUCCACCAGAUGGGACAGUGUUGGUCUCAAUCAAAAGUUCUGUCCCAGAAAAUAAUUUUUUCGAUGAUGCUUUGAUUGAUGAGCUUCUGCAGCAGUUCACAGAUUUUGGUGAAGUUAUACUCAUAAGAUUUGUAGAAGACAAAAUGUGGGUUACAUUUUUGGAGGGAAGCUCUGCCUUGAGUGUUCUGAACCUAAAUGGUAAAGAGUUAUUGGGUCGGACUAUAACUAUUACUUUAAAAAGUCCAGACUGGAUCAAAAAUCUGGAAGAAGAAAUGAGUUUAGAGAAAAUUAACGUUCCGUUGCCGUCAUCGACAAGCUCUACCCUGCUCGGUGAAGAUGCGGAGGUCACAGCAGAUUUCGAUAUGGAAGGUGAUGUUGAUGACUACAGUGCUGAAGUUGAGGAAAUUCUUCCCCAGCACCUCCAGCCGUCCUCAAGUUCUGGCCUCGGCACUUCCCCGAGCUCUUCACCCCGAACCAGUCCCUGCCAGUCACCAACCAUAUCAGAGGGUCCUGUGCCUUCCCUUCCCAUAAGACCGAGUCGGGCACCAUCAAGAACACCUGGGCAUCCAUCUUCACAAAGUUCUCCUAUGGAAGCCCUGCCGGCAACACAGCUGCAGCAAAAAGAUUCUCAGACCUUAGAGCCCAAGCGGCCUCCUCCUCCCCGCCCGGUGGCUCCUCCUACGCGCCCCGCCCCCCCACAGAGACCACCCCCACCUUCAGGUGUCGGAGCCCCUCCCAGUCCUGGGGCAGCUAGGCGAGAGACGGAAGCACCCAAAAGCCCUGGAACGACACGGAAAGAAAACAUAGGACGCACUCAGCCUUCACCUCAGGCAGGACUCCCAGGCCCAGGACCUGCUGGAUACAGUGCAGCCAGACCGACUAUCCCGCCCCGCGCCGGAGUGAUCAGUGCCCCACAGAGCCACGCUCGGGCAACUGCUGGAAGACUGGCUCCUGAAAGCCAAAGCAGACCGCCGGAAGGACUGAAAGGUUCAGUCCUUCUUCCCGAACCGCUGAAGCCUCAGGCUGCGCCCCCCGUGCAGCCCUCUCUGCCCCCGCCCGUUCAGAAGAUGCAGGAGCCCCUUGUCCCCGUGGCAGCGCCUCUGCCUCAGUCCGCCCCCCAGCCAAGCUUGGAAACCCCGCCGCAGCCGCCCCCUCGGAGCAGGUCGUCCCACAGCUUGCCUCCGGAGCCUUCGCCGCAGCCGCCGCAGCCGCAGGUGAAAACAAAUGGAGUCUCUGCCGUCAGACUGGAAUCACCCUUAAAGAAUGACCCAUUUGAAGAUCUGUCAUUCAGUCUGCUUGCUGUAUCCAAGGCUCAGUCAUCCAUUCAAACAUCAUGUGCUCCAACCCCAAACCCAAAGGGGUUGAUUCAGUUGCCUUCUGCAACACAAAGUAACAUGAAUACUUUGAGUUCUGUAACUUGCAUGCCUCCAAUUCCAGCCCGGAGUAAAUCCCAGGAAAAUAUGCGAUGUUCUCCAAACCCAUUUAUUACUAGCUUGACCAGCACAAAUCCUUUCACCGACAGGACUGCAGCUCCCGGAAACCCAUUUAGAGCCGAGUCUCAAGAAUCGGAGGCAACUUCGUGGCUCUCCAAAGACGAGCCUGUUGCCAGCAGUCCUUUCCCUUCCCUGAAGCCUCUUGGUCAUAACAAUAGCAAGCCUUCAUCAUUUGAUGGUUUUAAGGACAGUUUUGAUCUGCAGGGCCAGUCUUCGGCAAAAAUCAGCAACCCAAAAGGAUGGGUAACCUUCGAGGAAGAGGAGGACUUUGGUGUGAAAGGGAAGUCAAAGUCAUCUUGUCCAGACCUACUGAGUAAUCAGCCGAGUUCGCUCUCUGGCUCCGUGACCUUUGAUGAUGACUGGAAUAAAGGCACAAAUGUUCCUUUCUGUGUGUUGCCAUCAAGACGACCACCUCCACCUCCUGUCACUCUGCCCCCACCUGCCACCACCCCUCUUGUAGCUCCUUUCACAACCUUGCCAUCGAAGGCAUCACCCACACUAGACUUUACAGAAAGAUAAGGUUAUGCAAUAGAAAACAGUCUUGGAUUUGUUUGUUUGUUUUUCAGUUUGGGCAGGUGAGAGCCAAAAGAAUUGGGCAUUAGUUCCUCAUUAUGUGCAAUAUGGAAUUGUUAAGUGCACUGAUGUUGUCACGGAAUACCACUAUUUAAUGUGUACAAAGCUAGAAUAUGUGUAUAUUGGAAAUAAGGAAAAAGUCCUUCUCAUUAUUAACUGGAGUUUUGGUGUGUUUCUGUUUGGAUAAGUAAGAGAGAGGAGUAGCCAUAAACAGUGCUCAAAACUACUUCAGACAGUAGUCCUUAUUCAGAAAUUCUCUGUCCGUCUUCUCUGAAGAACCUUAAAAAAGCCCAGACAACUUCUAGCUGACAUUCUUGCCUGCUCUUUGAUACUUGUUAACAAUGGUGUUUCCAGGUAUUCACCGAAGAGCUAUCAGAGUUAUACUGAGACCAUUGUGAAAGGCAUGGCUUUAAAACACAAAAAGGCAUGGGUACACACACACACACACACACACACACACACACGUAUGUAUACACUUACAUAUUUGUAAAACUUAGGACUCAGACAAAAUAUUUACCUACACGUUCUAACAGAGUUAUUUUUUCGGUGUUUCAUUACCAAAAGGAUGGCUCUACAUGAAAUUUGGACAGUUCAUUAAUUUUCUUUCCAAAACUAGCAUCUCACUACAGAACCAGACUUUCCUACCGUUUCAUCCCCCUCCCCCAAACACACAUGACCCGCAUCUUUGUUCCUUUGGGCUCCAGCAUCUCCAGACGCUUUUAUUCCGGGAGGAGGUUCUUGGGGCCGGAAGCAGCCUAUUUUGUGGUCACGGUCAUGUGGAUGGACACUCCAGCCCAUACAACAAAGCACUAUGGCCUUAUCUCUCAGGAAGGCACAUACCUCCAAGUUCAAUGAAGAAUAUUAGAGCUAAACACACUCCCCUCUCUCUGCACUAAGGUGUAUGUUGCCCAUUCCCCUCCCACACUUUCCCUUUGCUGCUUUCUCUCCGGAACUUCAUAGCAGGGAAGGCAGCGGUCCUCAGAAUGCUUGGAGUUGGGGAUCUACUCCGCGUGUGUGCUCUGUCCCCGUCAGAGGCUACGCAACACAUCUGUGAAGCUGCUUUACAUUUUUAGAGGCUACCCCCCAAAGUAGCUGUGGAUUUUGUCUCCCGCACUGCCAAUAUGCAACUGACCCUGCUGUUAUCUCAUGAAGUUCACAGAAUUUUUACACAAUGUAGUGUUUUGGUAUCAUCAUGUAAUCCCAAACAGAAAACUCCGUGAGCGAUGUUUUGUUGUCAGCUUAAGUUAAAAUCAUCCUCAGCCGUUGAGACUGAUAUUAACAUUUCUUUUAUAGGAAGUUAUAGAUGUCCACCUAAAUUCCAUCGUCCACAUUUAACCUUUAAAGAUGUGCACUGGGAGAACAUCAAAAUAGAGUUCAUGGCUAAGAUUAUGUAAAGUGGAAAAGCACAGCAAAACUGCAUUGCACUUAAAGCAAAUCUAGUAGGGAAAAAAAAAGCACUUUUCUAAAUGCUCAAAUGUUAUCAAGAUACUAUAUUUCUAGAAGUAAUCCUCUCUCUGUUCACAGCCAGGAUUCGCUGUUAGCACUAACUCUUGUGAGUUUUAUAUUGUGCUUUUUGGGGGUUCUAAUCAUUUCAGCAGUAGUAUAUUUUAAACAGCAGUAUUACUAUAAGCAGCGUGCUUCAGAAUGUGAAUUAACUUCUUGAAACUGUGGCUUUAACAUCUAUGUGAUUAGUGUGUGUGGUAUUUGCUCUCCAUUAGCAAAAAGAAUUCAUUAUAAACUUCACUAGUGCGGAUUGCGGUUUCUGUGAGCGAUGUUUCCUUUUGAGUAGAAACUACUGUCUAAAAUAUACGUAUCACGCAGCAGCUCAGCCUUUACCAGGAAAAUUAUAUUUGGCAAGUUGCCGAAAGGGCACAGGGUUGGGAAAGUGAAAGGUACGCUGCAAAUAACUAGCCAUUAUUCUGUGUUAUUAAAAUAUUUACCAGUUCUGUUAAAAGCAGAGCAGAAAUUAGACACUAAGCCUCUCUUUGUGAAUUCUUUGUUCUCUAUAGUAGAUUGCUGUUUAUAUGUAAGAAUUUUAUUGCUUAUGUGGCAUACAAUAUUUAUAACUAUAUACUUUAUAGAAGUGCAGUAUUAAAGUCAGUGGUAUACAAACAUUCUGUACAUAUCUGUGAAAUGUGCUGUCAUAUGAAAUAAAUACACCUGUCUUUAC